CCUUCUGGGAAGCAACGGGGGCUCUGCCACUCCUCCCUGGGGGGGGCACCCGCUUCUCACGGCUUGCUGGAAGGAGUGAGGUGCUCUGAGGGACGAGGGGCCGUCUCUGGCGAGGGUCUUGGUCCAGAAGCGUCGCACUGAGACGGGGGUCUUCCUGCACCGUGGGAUGCUGAGCCUCGUCUCCUGCGUCAGCAGAGUGGUGGUCCUUUCGGCGGCUGUUCUGGUGACCACGUCCAUCACCAUGUCAGGGGAAUGGGGAGAAGAAGGGGUGACGUAUGGGCAGCUGGGAAAAGACGUGAUGCUGACGUGCGCCCGAGGGAGCCCCGGCUCUCCGGUGGAAUGGCGCUGGAGUGAGGCCACGGCCCUGCCCGCUGGCUCCAUCGUCCAGCAGGGUCAGCUCCUCCUGCCGCGCGCCGAGCGCUCCUCCGAAGGCACCUACAGUUGCCACGAUGCCAAUGGGCUGCUCCUCAGCUCUGUCACCCUCCGCCUCGGCCGUGUCCCAGGACUGCCCUCCAUCUCCUGCAGAGCCUCCAACUACGAGAACUUCUCUUGCGUCUGGGCUUCCAGCGUGGAGACGUUUCUGCCCACCAGAUACAUCACCACCUACAGGAAAAAACAUCUGCCCGGAAGUGAGGAGCAAAGGUCUCCAACCACCGACGUGGGUCUGUGCAUCCAGGAUCCGAUCCAUCCCUUCUCCUGCACCGUCAGCAAGUCCGGGUUCUGGAGCUCCUACCGCAUGAACGUGACGGAGGUGAACCCACUGGGCUCCAGCUUCCGCCUCCUGGACAUCAUCAUGAAAGAUAUUAUCAAGCCAGACCCCCCGGAGGGCCUGCGGGUGGAGCCCGUGCCCUCAGCCCCCCGGCGGCUGUGGGUGAGCUGGGAGUACCCCUCCACCUGGCCCAAGGAGCCCCACUUCCAGCUCCGGUUCCGGCUCCAGUAUCGGCCCGUCAUCUACACCUCCUGGUCUGUGGUGGAGACGGCCAACGUCUCGGAGGUGAUCACGGACGCCUUCAUGGGCCUGGAGCACGUCGUCCAGGUCAGCGCGAAAGACUUUCUGGACGCCGGCAACUGGAGCGAGUGGAGUGCCGAAGCCUGGGGCGUGCCUGCGGAGGAGCAAGCGGUGCUGCCCAGUGAAACAGCCACGGUGGUGUGCGAGCCGGAAGGUCCCGCCGAGGAGCCCUCCCUGGCCCCCAAUGAGCCGAUCGGUCGCCCUGACCCGGCAGAGAAGGUGGCGGUGCUGGUGUCGCUCGGCGUCUUCGCCUUCUUAGUCCUGGCGGUGAUCCUGGCGUUCGCCUUUCUGAUGUGGAUCCGGCUGAAGAAGAACAGCAAGGAGGCUGCCAAGAACCGCGACCUGAUCGCUGCUGCCAUCCACAUGAAGGCCCUGCCCAAAGCCCAAAUCUUGUAGCAAGCAGGGGUGGUUCGCUCCCCCAGCAGGGCAGCCCCCACCUCCAAGAGGGGCCCCCCACCACCACUGACCUCACCAACUGCCGCUGCCGUCGACUCUGGAGGGGUGCAACCUGGGGCCCCCUUGCUCUGCCCCCAUCAUCAUCACCACCACCACCACUACCACCCCGACAGGAAACUUUUGGGAAGGCAGCUUGGCAUCGGGGGCCACCCCCUCCCCUGCGCCAGGAGCGGCUGACUGCAUGCUGGAGGCUGCUAUUUCCGGACCUGCACCAACGCAAGAGGGGCGAGGAGAGAGCAGCAGGACGCAAACGGGACUUCGAUGCCCACUGAGCCUGGUGGACGGACACCCUCCCUGUCAGCAGCUGCUGGGGGGGGGCAAAGGGACCGGAGCCUACCUACCAGGGACUGCGUAGGGCGUGGCAUGCUCCCUCCACACCACACCACAGCAUGGAGCUCAUGCGGGACCCUUGGGAGAGCGAGACCUCCUGCCCACAAGAUGCCCACCCAGUGGGUCGAGCGCCACCUGCUGCCAUGAGCCAUGUUUGCCAGAAGGCCUGGUGGUGUGGGAAACGCACCGGACUUAAAGCCUGGUAGGGAAUCGUGUGCCCUCCUUGAGAGCAGGAGCAUGAGCCAGGGGGAGCCAAGGUGAUGGCAAAGGUCGCCAUCAUCCCAGGGCACAGAGCCCGAGAGUCGAGCCGCUGCCCCCCCCCC